AUGUCUCCUCACAAGCUAGAUGGCCCAAGUAUCAAGAUUGCCAUCGAUCGCGGUGGUACUUUCACCGACUGCCUAGGCAUCGUCGAUGGCCAGGAAGAGGAGAUUGUUGUCAAGCUGCUCUCCCAAGACCCGGCCAACUAUGCCGAUGCUCCCAUCGAGGGCAUUCGCCGUAUCCUUGAGCAGGCCACAGGAAAAACAUUUCCUCGUGAUCAACAACUCACGACUGCGGACUUCUCCAAUGUCAGUAUCCGAAUGGGAACGACAGUUGCCACAAAUGCGCUGCUUGAACGAAAGGGAGAGCGACAUGCCCUCUUAAUCACCAAAGGCUUCAAGGAUGCACUGGUUAUCGGAACUCAAUCACGUCCUAAGCUUUUUGCUCUGAACAUUCAAAGGCCAGAUGUGCUGUAUGAAGAUGUUGUUGAAGUUGAAGAGCGAGUCACCAUCGAGGAAUACCAGCAAAACCCUACACCCAACAAGGAAAGUCUGCAAAAAGCCUUGGAGUCUGACACUUGUUUGAAACGCGGUGUCAGCGGCGAAGUGGUUCGUAUCUUGGAGCCGCUUGACGAGCCCUCCACAAGAGAAAGCCUGGAAAAGCUGUAUGAAAAAGGCUAUCGCUCUAUUGCCGUCUGCCUUGUCCAUUCAUAUACAUUCCAAGAGCAUGAACUUGCAAUUGAACGUAUUGCAAAGGAAAUUGGAUUUACGCAGAUAUCGUUGUCCAGCCAGUUGCUCCCUAUGAUUAAGAUGACCUCGCGAGGUGCUUCAGCUACUGCAGAUGCCUACCUGACACCUGUCAUUCAACGAUAUAUUGAAGGAUUCCGAUCUGGAUUCAAGGAUGGACUACGGUCAGAAAACACACGCUGCGAGUUUAUGCAGAGUGAUGGUGGCUUGGCUAAUUUUGAAAAAUUUACCGGUCUUAGAGCGAUUCUGUCGGGCCCUGCUGGCGGCGUUGUGGGAUACGCAGGAACCUCCUUUGAUGAGACGGACCGAAAACCUGUCAUUGGAUUCGAUAUGGGUGGUACAAGUACUGAUGUCUCCCGAUAUGACGGAAAGCUGGAGCAUACCUUCGAGAAUACCAUCUCUGGUGUCACAGUAAUGGCACCCCAAUUGGAUAUCAACACAGUCGCUGCAGGUGGUGGUAGCAUCCUCUUUUGGCGCCACGGGCUCUUUGUCGUCGGCCCCGAGUCCGCGGGUGCUCACCCUGGGCCGGCUUGCUAUCGCAAAGGUGGACCGCUGACGGUGACGGAUGCCAAUCUCUUCCUGGGACGCCUUCUGCCAGACUACUUCCCCAAGAUAUUCGGCCCUAAUGAGAACGAGCCCCUUGAUGUUGAGGUCACUCGGCAACAGUUCAGUGAAUUGGCAGAUCAGAUCAAUGCAGAGACUGGCCAGAACAAGACGCCCGAAGAGAUUGCGCUGGGCUUUAUUCAAGUCGCCAACGAAUCUAUGGCGAAGCCCAUUCGAGCCCUGACAGAGGCUCGAGGAUAUGACACUUCUGCCCAUAAUCUUGCAUGCUUUGGAGGUGCGGGUGGACAGCACGCUUGUGCCAUUGCCUCAUCUCUGUCCAUUGGAACAGUCAUUAUACACAGAUAUUCGUCAAUCUUGUCGGCAUACGGCAUGGCUCUUGCAGAUGUGGUUCACGAGGCUCAAGAACCAGCUUCCGGUGUUUUGGACUCAACAUCAAUGCAAGCAAUCUCCCAACGCGUAUCUGCGUUAAUAUCAAAGGUGACUGCUGCGUUAAGCUCCGACGGAAUCCACGAGGCUCAGAUUGAGCACGAAGUCUAUCUUAACCUACGCUAUCAGGGCACUGACAACACCCUCAUGGUCCUUGAACCCGAGAAUGGCGAGUUCCUUGCAGAAUUUGUCAAGGAGCAUCAGCGAGAGUUUUCAUUUACUUUCCCUGGCCGCAAUAUUUUGGUAGAGGAUAUUCGCGUCCGCGGAGUUGGAAAAUCUACCUCCUUUACUCCAGAGGCUCCUCAAAAGGAGCUCAAAUCAACAGCAAGCAUUCCUGUUGGCUCUGAGAAGCAAGACGAUUCAUCAUCUGUCUACUUUGCUGGUGCGGGGCAAAUGAACACGCCGGUUUUCUUCCUGAACAAUCUGCAGCCAGGAAGCUUUAUUCAAGGACCUGCGAUGAUCAUUGACAACACCCAGACAAUUGUUGUUGAACCGAAUGCGACCGCCAAGAUUUUGUCUCGACAUGUCAUUUUGGACGUGAAGUCCUCAAAGAAGCAAGUUGAUGAUGCUACAGUCGUGGACCCGAUCAAGCUUUCCAUCUUCGGUCAUCGGUUCAUGUCGGUGGCUGAUCAGAUGAGCCGGAUGUUCCAGAAGACGUCCGUGUCAACAAAUAUUAAAGAGCGGUUGGACUUUUCUUGCGCAGUCUUUUCACCCGAUGGCAAGCUCGUUGCAAAUGCGCCCAACGUACCAGUACACUUGGGAAGUAUGGAGUAUGCUGUUCGUUACCAGCACGAGCAAUAUGGGAGUGACUUGAAGCCUGGAGAUCAUAUUCUGACAAACCAUCCUCUUGCUGGAGGUACUCAUCUUCCUGAUAUUACCAUCAUCACUCCAGUCUGGGAUAAUGAAGGCAAAAACAUCAUUUUCUACGUUGCUUCGCGGGGUCACCACGCUGAAAUUGGCGGAAUCGCCCCUGGAUCAAUGCCUUCAAAUAGCAAAAUGCUAUACGAAGAAGGUGCUAUGACGAUGGGCUUCAAGGUUGUUUCGUCGGGCCGCUUUGACGAAGAUGUGGUUCGCAAAUUCCUCUAUGACGAACCGGCAUCUUACCCUGGCUGCAGCGGGACACGCACAUACAAUGACAAUGUCUCGGAUUUAAAAGCAGCCAUCGCGGCGAAUCACAAGGGUGCGCAACUUCUUGAGGGCCUCGUGGCCGAGAACAGCUUGAAAGUUGUACACUUUUAUAUGGAUGCGAUCAAGCGUAACGCUGAGGUCGCUGUCCGGGAGCUUUUGAAGUCCAUUGGUCGCAAGAAUCCCGGUCAAUCCUUGAAAUUCUCCGAUUUCAUGGAUGAUGGUACUGAGAUCAGACUCGAGAUCCGCAUUGAUGCUGAAACAGGGUCGGCUGAUUUCGACUUCACUGGGACUGGCCGUGAAACGUUCAAUUGUCUGAACGCACCAAAGGCGAUUGCCCAUUCAGCUAUUAUCUAUAGCUUGCGCGCCUUGAUUGACGUGGACAUCCCUCUUAACCAAGGUUGUCUUGCACCCGUCAACGUGAUCAUUCCACCGGGAACACUUCUCAACCCAUCAGGGCAUGCGGCUGUCUGUGCAGGAAAUCCGAUCACAUCGCAGCGCAUUACGGAUGUUGUACUAGGUGCUUUCGGAGCCUGUGCUGCUUCUCAAGGUUGUUGCAACAUUAUUUCCUUCGGUAUGGGUGGCGUCGAUCCAAAGACUGGCGUCGAGCUCCCUGGAUUCGGCGUGGGAGAAACUAUCUGUGGCGGCUCAGGCGCUGGUGCAUCCUGGAAUGGCACUUCGGGCGUUCACGUUCAUAUGACCAACACACGCAUCACUGAUGCAGAGGUUUAUGAACUGAGAUACCCCGUGAUUCUGCGUCAGUUCUCCAUCCGUCAGGGAUCUGGCGGCGUGGGACGCUUCCAUGGUGGUGACGGAGUCAUCCGUGAGCUUGAAUUCCGUAUGCCACUAUCCGUUUCUAUGCUCAGUGAGCGACGAGUCUACCGACCUUAUGGAUUGGAAGGAGGUGGCUCGGGUCAGGCUGGCCUGAAUUUGUAUGUGAAGAAGGAAUUGGAUGGUACGGAAAGAAUGAUCAACAUUGGCGGCAAGAUGGAGCUUGAGGUCCAGCCGGGAGAGCGGAUUCUUAUCCACACACCAGGAGGUGGUGGCUGGGGCUCCCCAUCGGAGGAGACAGAGUCAAACUCCACUUGCUGCCCUGGAAGUACCUCUGCUUUCCAGGCAAGAGGCAGUGUUUAUGCUUUCAGUCAAACUGCGGAGGCAGCAUUGUGA